AUAUAUAUAUACACUUAUAAAUAAAAAAAAAAUAUUAAAAAAUAAUUUAAAAAAAAAACAGAAAAAAAAAACGCCUCCUUCGACGUUCUAAUCUCCCCAACCUCUCUUUCUCUCUCCUAUAAACACCAUAACUAUAUACAUACAGACUCAACAACAAAACUGAGCUCUGUUGUUUAACCCCUAAAAACAUCACUUUUUUUUUUUUUUUUUUUUUUAGUUUUAUUCAAAAAAUUUGUUCUUUUUCUGCUUUAAAACCCUUAAAAAUUCACCCCCAUUUUACUAUUCUAUUCCAUUGGAGGUUAAUUUUCAGAUAAUCAACCACUUCUACAGAACUUUAUACCAUUAGAGGAGAAUGCAAUUAUGGUAUAUGGUAAUUCAAGGUCUUGGAGCCGCAGAAGAGAGUUUUUAGUUUCUGAGUAUUGUGCUUCUUGUUGACCUUAAUGGCAAAUCCAGGAAUCAAAGGAAAUAUGGCUCUUGAGAAACACAUCCCUGCUAGAAAUCUGACUGCUAAUGUGAAACCUUUGAGUUUCCCCCUUAAAGUCCGGGAAAAAGCAGCUCUUGCAGAUCCAGAGACGAACACUGAUUUGGAGGCUGACAUUGAUGUUGAUCUCAGAGAAAUUUAUUUCCUUAUCAUGCAUUUCUUGUCUGAUGGGCCAUGUCAAAGAACUUGUGGACAAUUUUGGAACGAGCUUCUUGAGAAUGACCUACUACCUAGAAGAUACCAUGCUUGGUAUUCUAGGAGUGGGAUUCCUAGUGGUGAUGAAAAUGAUGACGGCUUGUCAUUUCCAUUGAGUUACAAUAAACUAAAGGAGCGGUAUGCUCAUAUCGGAAAGAAUCACUUAAUAAAGCUUCUGAGGCAGCUAUUACUUAAUAAAGCCAAUCCACAUGGUAUUGUUGCAAGGAAUGUACCAAAUGCAGCUGAUGUUCCUACACUUUUGGGGGCUGGAUCAUUUUCACUCUUGGCCAAUGAUGGGAUCAAAGGAGACAAUGAGAUUGAACCACCGCCUGUUUUCAUGCGUUGGCCUCAUAUGCAAGCUGAUCAGGUGCGUGGGCUGAGGUUGAGAGAAAUUGGUGGUGGAUUUGCGAGACACCAUAGAGCACCAUCUACACGUGCAGCCUGUUAUACUAUUGUAAAACCAUCCACUAUGGUGCAAAAGAUGCAAAAUGUAAAGAAAAUAAGGGGACACCGUGAUGCUGUUUAUUGUGCUGUAUGUGACCGCUCGGGAAGGUUUGUCAUAACAGGUUCAGAUGAUCGCCUUGUGAAGAUUUGGUCCAUGGAAACUGCUUAUAUCUUGGCCAGCUGCCGUGGGCAUGAAGGUGACAUCACUGACUUGGCUGUGAGUUCCAACAAUGCUUUGGUGGCAUCUGCUUCAAAUGAUUGUAUUAUUAGAACUUGGCGUUUGCCAGAUGGGCAGCCAAUUUCUGUUCUGCGAGGGCAUACAGGAGCAGUUACUGCCAUUGCCUUUAGCCCAAGGCCUAGUGCUAUAUAUCAGCUUCUAUCAUCAGCUGAUGAUGGAACAUGUAGACUAUGGGAUGCAAGGUACUCGCAGUUCAAGCCACGUAUUUAUCUUCCCAAACCUCCUGAUGCAGGAAAAAGCACUGCUGCUUCAUCCAUCGCUGGUGAACAGAAUCAUCAGAUCUUUUGUUGUGCAUUCAAUGCUAACGGGACUGUCUUUGUGACUGGUAGCUCAGAUAAUCUUGCAAGGGUCUGGAAUGCUUGUAAAUCCACUACCGACAAUUCAGAACAACCUAUCAGUGAGAUGGAUGUUCUCUCUGGCCAUGAAAAUGAUGUUAAUUAUGUGCAAUUUAGUGGUUGUGCUGUGACUCCUCGAUUCUCUGCUACGGAUACAACCAAGGAAGAUAGUUUUCCCAAAUUCAAAAAUACAUGGUUUUCUCAUGAUAAUAUAGUUACCUGUUCUCGUGAUGGUAGUGCAAUUAUCUGGAUUCCAAGGUCACGCAAAUCACAUGCAAGAGCUGGGCGUUGGACUCGGGCAUAUCAUCUCAAGGUUCCUCCUCCACCCAUGCUUCCACAGCCUCCACGAGGGGGUCCAAGACAGAGAGUUCAGCCUACGCCUCGUGGUGUUAAUAUGAUUGUGUGGAGUCUAGAUAAUCGAUUUGUCCUUGCUGCUAUCAUGGAUUGCAGAAUAUGUGUUUGGAAUGCUUCUGAUGGUAGCUUGGUUCAUUCAUUGACGGGUCAUACCGAGUCGACAUAUGUCCUGGAUGUUCACCCUUUCAACCCUCGCAUAGCUAUGAGUGCUGGAUAUGAUGGGAAAACCAUAAUUUGGGAUAUAUGGGAAGGAAAGCCCAUUCGAAUAUAUGACACUGGACGGUUUAAAUUGGUUGAUGGAAAGUUCUCAAUGGAUGGGACCUCAAUUGUACUUUCAGAUGAUGUUGGUCAACUUUAUUUUUUAAGCACUGGUCAAGGCGAGUCACAAAUGGAUGCGAAAUAUGAUCAGUUCUUUCUCGGGGAUUAUCGUCCACUUAUCCGAGAUACUAAUGGAAACGUUAUUGAUCAGGAAACUCAACUUCCUCCUUAUCGAAGGAACAUGCAAGACCUUCUUUGUGAUUCAAGCAUGAUACCAUACCCAGAUCCCUACCAAAGCAUGUAUCAGCGAAGACGGCUUGGAACUCUGGGCAUUGAGUGGCGCCCGUCUUCUGUACAGUUUUCUGUGGGUCCAGACUUCAGUUCAGGCCAAGACCAUAUGAUACCCCUGCCAGAUUUUGAUGUAUUAAUUGAUCCACUGCCAGAUUUUGUGGAUGUCAUGGAUUGGGAGCCAGAAGUAGUAGUUAGUGAUGAUACUGACUCUGAGUUUAAUGUUACGGAUUCCUUUGGCGGCAAUGGAGGACAUAUUAGCUCAGCAUCAUCCGGUGAUUUGGAAUGCAGUGAAGAAGACACUGAUGCUGAUUGCAUUCACAGAGAUAGUGUUCGUAGAUCAAGGAGGAGAAAGAAAAAGAGAGAAACAGAGAUAACUACUUCUUCAGGGAGGCGUGUUAAAAGAAGAAAUCUGGAUAAGUGUGAUGGUAGUACCCACAGAACCGACCCAAGCAGGAAAUCAAGAAAUGGGCGAAAAUGGUCCAAGAAGAAGUCAUUAAAGGCUUCAAGACCCCAAAGAGCUGCUGCUCGAAAUGCUCUUAACUUGUUUUCCAAAAUCAAAGGUACUACCCCAGAUCUUGAUGAAGUUGUAUAUGACUCUGAAGGUGAUACAUCAGACAGUGAAUCUGUACUUGAAUAUUCUAACUUUGAGGGUGAGGAAUCUGAUAAGUUUAGCCCAGAUGAGAGAGCAAAGAAUCUGAAGGGGAAAGAAGUAAUGGUUGAUGAUUCUGAGGGUACAUCUAGAUCUAAAGUGUUCCCUGGAACUCACGAGAGUGCUGGGAACAGGAAUAAAUUAGUUCUAAAACUUCCAGUUCGUGAUCCAAAUCGAGUUCUAUUUGCAGGUAAUUCUAUCCCGACCUCUGGAAAUCAGAUAGAAUUGGCAGGCUUUUCAUCUUCAGCAUCAGGUGGUCCUUUAGAAGUUGGAAAAGAUUCAACCCAACAGGACAUGAAUUACUUACAUGGCAGUGCAAACCUCCGUAGAUAUGAUAGACUGGGUUGGCUAGGUGGAUUAGGCAAUGAUGCCAUAAAAUGGGGUGUGGUCAGAGCUCGUACUUGUAACAGAAUUAAAUUGAAAGGAGCUUCUGUAUUGGUUGCUUCUGGGUCUAGUUCUUUCAAUGACAACCAAAAUGAAACUGAUAAGGAGCUUGGGGCAGAUCUAAAAUCUGUAGUUGAGCGAAGUGAUGAUAAUGUCAAGUUGCAGGAAAUUGCACAGCAUAAUCAUGAGCAUUUAGGGAAUCCUAAUGGGUUAACUGAUGGAAAUAUUAUAGAGCUGUCUGAUUUCAAUAGAUCCCUGGCUUCUAAUGGAGUGCAGGAUGAAGUUCAUAUGGCUACUGGGAAUGGAGCUCCGUGCUCAAAUAGCAGUGAUGCAAACAAUGUGUCUACAUUGUUGAGUAUUGCAGAAAAGAAGGCUGCAUCAGAUUCAAACAAUACUUAUGAGAUGAAAGCUAUACCCAAUGAAGGGGAUGAAAAGAAUGGUACGAUUCUUGUGGAGCAAAGAUCUGGUGCUGAAGAGCUUGAAGAGGAAAACCCCCACAUUAAAGAUGGUUUGGAUGGUAAUGGAGAACAAAUUUUGGAUGGAGAUAAAGCAAAUGCUAGCUCUGCAUUGCUAAAUUCACAGGCUUCACAUUCACAGAAGACUGAUAAGAUGUACAGUGCUGUUUACAGAAGGUCAAGGUCCUUCAAGGCAGUGAGGACAUCUUCAGAUAGCAAUGUUGUUCAUGUUGGUGAAAAUACCUCAAAUGCAAGCUGUCAAAGUCUGAAUGGAAGUGCUGAUACAAAUGGUAUUAUGGUUAAUGGCAUUAACCAGGCCCAAUCUGUGGAGCUUAGGGACCCAGUUGAAGAGCAGUUAACGAGAUCGGUAGAGAGGUCAAGAAGAAUUGAGGAUUCUGCAUCGAACAAGGUUGAUCGGCGUCCUCGAGAAGAGUGGGGAUCUAGUACGACUGUGGGACUGAGGUCCACAAGAAAUAGGAGAAUUAAUUUUAUUCGUGAUGCUAGUCUAACGGAUAGGAGGAAGUCAAGUCAGUCACAAAGAAAAUUAUCCUGGUUGAUGCUUUCUGUUCCUGAUUGUUCUCGAUAUAUUCCUCAGCAGGGAGAUGAGGUUGCAUAUAUGAGGCAGGGGCAUAAGGAAUAUAUAUCUUGUAAUAGCUCUUCUGUGAGAGGACCUUGGGAAUAUUUGAAAGGAGAGAUCAGAGCUGUGGAGCUCUGCAAAGUUAUUGAGCUAGAGUAUUCUGUUGUUCCAGGCUCGGGUGAUAGCUGCUGUAAAAUGACACUUGAAUUUAUAGAUCCAUAUUCUAGUGUCUUAGGCAAGAAAUUUAAGCUGACAUUACCAGAAGUUUCAGAUUUUCCGGAUUUUCUUGUUGAGAGAACAAGGUACGAGACUGCUAUUGAGAGAAACUGGACUAAGAGAGACAAAUGUCAGGUUUGGUGGAAAAAUGAAGGUGAUGGGGAUGGUAGUUGGUGGGAAGGUCGAGUUCAUGAUGUGAAGGCUAAAUCCCUUGAUUUUCCUGAUAGUCCCUGGGAAAGAUAUAUCAUUCGAUACAAAAGUGAUCCAACCGAAAUACAUGAACAUAGUCCUUGGGAACUUUAUGAUGCUGGCGACACUCACUGGGAGCAGCCUCAUCUUGAUGACCACACCACAAAAAUACUGCUGUCAUUUAUUGCUAAACUAGUGCAGUCAGGAAAUAAAGCUCAGGAUAUUUACGGGGUUCAGAAAUUGCAGCAGGUUUCUGGGAAGUCAAAUUUCUUGAAUAGGUUUCCAGUGCCAUUAUCUCUGGAAGUGAUCCAGUCGAGGCUAGAAAAUAAUUAUUACCGAAGCUUGGAGGCAGUGAAUCAUGACAUAAAUGUUAUGCUGUCAAAUGCAGAGAGUUAUUUUGGGAAAAAUGCAGAGCUUUCGAAGAAGAUUAGACGGUUAUCAGAAUGGUUUGCAAAGAAGUUAUCAUCAUUGUAGCAUUAGGGAUCUCUCCUAAUACAAUUUUGUAGAGGAAUAUUCAGUUUAUUACAAAUUUUUAAGUAUCAAACAUUCUGUUUUUCAUUUUUUUUUUUAUUUUUUUUAUUUGUUUUAUUAUUCUGUUUUUUCAUUGUAGAUAUGUAGCAAUUCAUAACCCUCAAUUAGGCGCCCCACCAAAGAGUUAGUUUCUCAGUGGGACAUUCUUUUUAGCUUAGGAAAUAGAGAAACAGGUAGGUUGCAAUUACUGCCAAAUCUGUAUAUACAUACUACAGCUUAGAAAAUGAAAAUUAAUCUUAGUUUUUCUGGCGAAA